UUAUUUAUUAUCCUUUAAAGGGGCCGCGACCUGAAAAUUUCCGUCCGCUCCGCCCGGCUCCCCAGCGCCCCCGGGCUGGUUGCGCGUCGUCCGACCGCGCGCGGGGGGCGAGGGGGCGUCCGGGGAAACGUGGGGAGCCCUGGCGAGCCCCUCCCGCGCCCGGGCCGCGGCGCUGAAUCACCGGCCAGGUUUCUGCGAAUGUGUGAAUGAGCCAGAUGCCGGCCGCUGUCCCCUGGAGCCCAGCGUGAGGAAGAGGCAUGCCCUGUCAGCCUUCAGCCUGAGCCCGGCGGCCCCCGCCCCCGCCCCCUGCCACCCUGCACUGCCCCGGCUCCCCCGCGGCCCCCACGCUGCAGUGUGGCCGGGCCCCGUCCCCACAGGGGCUGCCCCCGCCGCCCACCCCUAGCGCCCGUGGUGGUGGCGGUGGCCCGGCCCGCAGGGCCAUGAAGCUACAGGCCGUGAUGGAGACACUCUUACAGCGGCAGCAGCGGGCGCGCCAGGAGCUGGAGGCCCGGCAGCAGCUGCCCCCCGAGCCUCCCGCUGUGCCCCCCGGCCGGGCCCGCGCCACCGCCGAUGAGGACAGAGAGCCCGAGAGUGCCCGCAUGCAGCGGGCUCAGAUGGCCGCCCUGGCCGCCAUGCGGGCUGCGGCUGCGGGCCUGGGACACCCAGCCAGCCCCGGUGACUCCGAGGACGGGCCCCCAGGCUUGGAGGAGGAGGACGCAGCCCGGGAGGGGACACUGGGCUCACCAGUCGUGCCUGGCGGAGGCAGAGAAGGGCCAGGAGAGGAGCACUUUGAGGAUAUGGCCUCCGAUGAGGACAUGAAGCCCAAAUGGGAGGAGGAGGAGAUGGAGGAAGACCUCGGGGAGGAUGAGGAGGAGGAGGAUUAUGAGGAGGAGGAGGAGGAGGAGGAGGACGAGGAGGGGCUGGGGCCCCCAGGCCCCGCCAGCCUGAGCACUUCAGCCCUGUUCCCCCACAAGGCCCAGCCGCCCCAGGCCUUCCGCGGCAGUGACGGCGUUCCCAGGGCACUGGGGACCCAGGAGCGGCCCGGGCCUGGCGCUGCCCACUCUGGAGGGGCCGCCUGUGUCGCCCCACAGCUGCAGCCACCGGACCACGGGGACUGGACGUACGAGGAACAGUUUAAGCAGCUCUAUGAACUUGACGGGGACCCCAAGAGGAAGGAAUUCCUGGAUGACUUGUUCAGCUUCAUGCAGAAGCGAGGAACACCCGUGAACCGCAUCCCCAUCAUGGCCAAACAGGUCCUUGACCUGUUCAUGCUGUACGUGCUGGUGACGGAGAAGGGCGGCCUCGUGGAGGUCAUCAACAAGAAGCUGUGGCGGGAGAUCACCAAGGGCCUCAACCUGCCCACGUCCAUCACCAGCGCGGCCUUCACCCUGCGGACCCAAUACAUGAAGUACCUGUACCCUUAUGAGUGUGAGAAGCGAGGCCUCAGUAACCCCAACGAGCUCCAGGCAGCCAUAGACAGCAACCGUCGGGAGGGCCGGCGCCAGAGCUUUGGGGGCUCCCUCUUUGCCUACUCGCCGGGCGGGGCGCACAGCAUGCUCUCCUCGCCCAAGCUGCCCGUGUCCUCCCUGGGCCUGGCCACAAACACCAAUGGCAGCUCCAUCACCCCCGCCCCCAAGAUCAAGAAAGAGGAGGACUCAGCCAUCCCCAUCACAGUACCUGGCCGCCUGCCUGUCUCACUGGCAGGCCACCCUGUGGUGGCAGCCCAGGCAGCAGCUGUGCAAGCAGCGGCCGCCCAAGCAGCCGUGGCUGCACAGGCAGCCGCCCUGGAACAGCUGCGGGAGAAGCUGGAGUCUGCGGAGCCUCCCGAGAAGAAGAUAGCGCUGGUGGCUGACGAGCAGCAGCGGCUCAUGCAGCGGGCACUGCAGCAGAACUUCCUGGCCAUGGCAGCCCAGCUGCCCAUGAGCAUUCGGAUCAACAGCCAAGCCUCCGAGAGCCGCCAGGACUCCGCCGUGAGUUUGACGGGCACCAGCGGCAGCAACAGCAUUAGCAUGUCGGUGGAGAUCAACGGCAUCUUGUACACAGGAGUUCUGUUUGCUCAGCCGCCAGCCCCCACGCCACCCUCUGCUCCCAACAAAGGUGGAGGUGGCGGCGGCGGCAGCAGCACGGGCGGCCGGGGAGGAAGCAGCGGGACCAGCGGUGGCCAGGCCGGGCCCGCGGGGCUGUCUGCGCCCUCCACAUCUACCUCAAAUAACUCGUUGCCUUAACCGCAUGACUCCCCCGCCCCGCCACCGACCCCGGGGCCCACCGGCCUGGGCAGGGGGUCCAGGUGAGCCACACAGGGGCCAGCACGGCCCGAAGAUACGUGUGGGGAGGGAAGAUAUCCACAGAAGAGCCACAGCUGACGCCAAAAAGAAAAGAAAAAAUAGAUAUAAUACGUAUAUAUAUAAAGAAAAUUUAAUAAAACGGGAAAACCAAGGAACACUUGAAUUUCUCAGGUUUUGGACAUUCAGAGAGAUGAAUUGUGAGAGCGACAAAGGAAAUGGAUGAGACAGCCAAGAGGCAGACCUUUCCCGGGCGUUCCUGCCGCCCCGUGAACCGAAGGCUCUGGUGUCUGGUUUGGCCCGACCGCAACGUGGCCGGUCGUGUUUACCUCAUACAUCCCUGCACUGUGUUUUCGUUUCCGUCUGCUUUCGCUCUCAUUAUUCUCUGUUCACCUUGCGCUCACCACUCCCAGGUCCUGUGUCCAGCGAAACCCCUGAGCCAAGAUCACUGAAUUUUUUUUUUUUUUUUUUUUUUU